UUUUCCUGGUAUAUUUCAUUCAUUUAUUUCGAAUUUUGAAGGAGCUGUAGUUUCCCGCGACGCAUUCAGCGCGUUCAAGCUGCGUUCACCAACACCAACAUGUUCUUGGAUGUUGUUAAACGCGGUGCUCGCAACACGACAAUGUGUGUACUGCUUCGCAGACGCUUUCUAAAUCCAGUUUCGCCUCCGGCUGCACGUUGCUUACCAGCUCUGUGUUUCGCUCAAUACAUUAAAAUAAUACAGAAGAAGCAGAAGCAGAAGCCCUCUGCGGCGGAGCCGGAGCCGUCGAGGCCGUCCUCUGCUCCUCUGUCCCCGGAGCAGCUGGACAGGAUCGCCCGCAACAAGAGAAUCGCGCUGGAGAGACUCGCUUCCGUACAGACCCCCCCCGGGUUCGGAGAGAGCUGGAGGAAGGCGCUGUCUGCUGAGUUUGGGAAGCCUUAUUUCAAACAGCUGAUGAACUUUGUGUCUGAGGAGAGGAAACGUCACGUUGUGUACCCACCCGAUGAACAUGUCUUUACCUGGACAAAGACGUGUGACAUCCGAGAUGUCAAAGUGGUGAUUCUUGGCCAGGAUCCUUACCAUGGUCCUAACCAGGCCCACGGGUUGUGUUUUAGUGUCAAAAGGCCAGUGCCUCCUCCACCCAGUUUGGAGAACAUGUACAAAGAGCUGGUCUCUGACAUUGAUGGCUUCCAGCACCCUGGACAUGGAGAUCUGACUGGAUGGGCCAAACAAGGUGUGCUGUUGCUCAAUGCUGUGCUGACCGUCCGAGCACACCAGGCCAACUCGCACAAAGACAAAGGCUGGGAGUCCUUCACUGACGCUGUGGUGCAGUGGCUCAGCAACAACAUGGAAGGCCUCGUCUUCAUGCUGUGGGGAGCGUACGCUCAGAAGAAAGGAGCUUCUAUCAACAGGAAACGCCACCAUGUGCUGCAAGCUGUGCAUCCAUCUCCCCUGUCCGCUCAUCGGGGUUUUUUUGGGUGCCAGCAUUUCUCAAAGGCCAACGAGCUGCUCAAGAAAUCUGGAAAGUCUCCCAUUGACUGGAAGGCACUUUAACUUGUUAUGUAUGUUUGCUUUUCUAAUAUGUGUUGAUUAACUACUCACCAAAACCAUAAGCUUUCUAACUUCCUGUUUCAGCAAUAGUAUGUUAUGUUCAUCUUUUUUAAGUUGAAGAGUUUUUGUUUUAUACACUGCCUUUUCCUUGUUCUUUUUUUUUUUUAAGUCUUUUUGUUCAGACUUGCUGUUGGGAUGUAUUUUUGUAUGAUCUGCUGUUGGCAGUUCCAUUGUUGUAAAUAUGUUUGUUUCCUUCUCUGUAUUUACUGAAAUUUGGGGUCAAUUAAAGUGGUUCCAAAAAGCG